AGAUAGCAAUGCACACACCCAGGCACCACCCAGCAUCUAGCACUCAGAUGGGGGCAUGCUGAUAACCAACACAGACACACAGAUAAAUACGUACAUUCCUCCACUCAUGCUGCAGCACACAAAGGCAUCCAGCUAAAUGCCUACUCUCAGUCUGGACAGAGCCAACACCAAAUACCAUUAGCACGCCUUCCCCUAAACAGGGGAACUUUUGAACUCUCCUUGGAUCUCAUUCAAAGGAAUAGAGAACAGAGAGUCAUCAGGUGCCUGGUCACUCCAACUUCCCAGCACAUCUCUUAUCUCUGCUUCACAAGUCACCCCUGGCCCCUCAUCCUUCCCUUGCUGGGAAGAUCCUUGGUUUCUUCCUUGUCACGUUUGGGAAAAUUCCCCCUUUGUGGACCUCACCAUGUUCUUUUCCUGAGGUCAUUCUGACCAGUCAAAUCCAGCUUCAAAACAGGAAGCUCCAGGACAGUGCCCUAUGCUAGCCCAAGCUUUAAGAAGGCAGUGGGUGUGAGGCUGAGCUUCCUGAGUGUGACCCCGAACACACACACCCUGGCUCUGCCUAGAACCUGAGAGCAUUUAUCAGCCCAGGGCACUUAUCUUGGAGCCACAGCUGUGACAGAGUCCAGGCCCUGUACUCUGCUGCCCUGAGUCUGCAGUGCCAUGGGGAACUGUCUGUACCCGGUGGAAACCCUUUCACUAGACAAGAAUGGAACUCAGUUUACUUUCGAAAACUGGAAUGAUUUUUAUGAAGAUAACGCCUCCUAUGAAUUCCUAAGUGACUACAACCUGACAGAAGCUGCUCCCUGCUACUCCUGUAACCUGCUUGACAGUUCUUCACUGCCCUUCUUCAUUCUCACCAGUGUCCUGGGCAUGCUGGCAAGCGGUGGCAUCCUCUUCACAAUUCUCAGACCUUUCUUCCACUGGCAGAUUUGCCCCAGCUGGCCCAUUCUGGCACAGUUAGCAGCAGGCAGUGCCCUGUUCAGCGUUGCAGUGCCCAUCCUGACACCAGGCUUAUACAGUGCCCAUAGCACAGCCCUGUGCAGCCUGGGCUACUGGGUCUGGUAUACUUCUGCUUUUGCCCAGGCUCUGUUGAUAGGAUGCUAUGCCUGCCUGAACCCCAGACUGAAUAUUGGUCAAUUUCCUGGCCUCACCUUGGCAGUCAGUGUGGGACUUUGGGGAGCAGCUGCUCUCUUAGGGAUACCAGUCGCUCUGGCCAGUGAUGUUUACAAUGGCCUCUGCACCUUUCCAUUCUACAGUGACACAGAAGCUUUGAAGUACACACAUUCUGCCAUCUGUUUUAUCAUCUUCACAGUAUUGCCACUGACUCUUUUGGCAGCCAAGGGGCUGAAGACAGCAUUGAGCAAGGGGCCAGGCCCCUGGGUUAGUGUCCUGUGGAUCUGGUUCAUUUUCUGGUGGCCUCAUGGGGUGGUUCUCAUAUUUGAUGCCUUGGUAAGGUCCAAAAUCAUGCUUCUGCAUACAUGUCAAUCCCAGAAGAUUCUUGACGCAAUGCUGAAUGUGGCAGAAGCCUUGAGUAUGCUGCACUGUGUGGCUACACCACUGCUCCUGGCCCUGUUCUGCCACCAGACCACCAGUAAAUUCUUGCCCUCACUCUCCCUCCCUGCAAGACAGGCUUCUCAAAUGGAUGCCCUUGUAGGCAAGUCGUAGUUUUUUUCCCACAUGUCAACUUAAAUUAAAGUCUAUACUGCUUUUAUGAA